UAUGUAUUACAUACAUUUUAGCCACUGCACUGAAAAGGAGAUUUCUUGGUAUGGUUGGAAUGUUUCUUUGUGGCUUUUUCUCCUCUGGUUUUGUCCCUGAAUUGUGUGUUGAGAGGGUUAACUUUCGCUGUGUGACGUGGCUCCUUCCUGCUCGGCUACUCUCCUGGGUAUAACAGGAUCCUUGCGCAGUUGCUGCUCAGCUCUCCUCAUGGCUGCACGGCUGUCCCGGAAUCUGAUAUGGAGGAAUGGCAGCUGGUUGUUGUCAAAUCCUAUCUGCAGGCCCCAGGUCUGCUGCAGGGGAAGCACCUCGUCUGGACCGAGGUCCCUCUCUAACUUUCAGGACAAGCCUCGGACAGUAGAGGACCUUCCACAUGUCAGUGUCAUGGAGAUGCUCUACAGGGUGGUGUUUCAGGGAUUUUACAACCGUCUGCACGAGUUACAGAUCCAAGACAAGCAGCGAUACGGACACAUCUUCAGAGACGGAAUGAAGGCAGUGUCUGUGAACACUCCUCAGCUGCUGGAAGAAAUUUUAAGGAACGACGAGAAGUUCCCUUCCCGAGGGGACAUGUCUCUGUGGACCGAGUACCGCGACAUGAAAGGACUCGGUUACGGACCUUUCACAACGGAAGGAGAGAGGUGGUACAACCUGAGGGCGAUGCUGAACAAGCGUAUGCUGCAUCCAAAGGACUCUGCACAGUACGGUGGUGUUAUCAGCGAGGUUGUUACAGACUUCAUCAAGAGGAUGAACUACCUGCGUCAGAGCAGCCCCACAGGAGAUCUGGUGCCUGAUGUGGCCAAUGAGCUGUAUCGCUUCUCACUAGAGGGUAUUGCCUCCAUACUGUUUGAGACGAGGCUUGGAUGCCUUGAGAAGAAAGUCCCUGCAGGCACUCAAGACUUCAUCAACGCCAUAGCCCAGAUGUUCUCGUACAGCAUGGCUGUGGCUAUGUCGCCCAAAUGGAGCCGCACUUUCCUGCCCUUCUGGGGGCGCUACAUAGCAGGCUGGGACGGCAUCUUCAGCUUUGCUAAAGAGCUGAUCGACAAGAAGCUGGAGGUCAUUCAGCAGCGUGUGGACAAAAAACAGGAAGUGGAGGGUGAAUAUUUAACAUACCUCUUCUCAAACACCAAGAUGAGCACUAACGACGUGUACGGCAGCAUCGCAGAGCUUCUGCUUGCUGGAGUGGACACGACCUCCAACACCCUCACAUGGACGCUGCACCUGCUGUCCAAGCACCAAGAUAUCCAGGACAAACUUCAUGAAGAAGUAUGCACACUGGUACCCACAGAUCAGCACCCCACUGCCGAGGAGGUCACCAAGAUGCCGUAUUUAAAAUCUGUCAUCAAAGAAGCACUGAGAAUGUACCCUGUGGUACCCCUGAAUGCAAGGAUCAUUACGGAAAAUAGUGUUACUAUUGGUGGAUAUCAAUUUCCAAAAAAUACCGCUUUCACGCUGUGUAACUAUGCCAUCAGCCAUGACGCUGACACAUUCCCGGAGCCGUACACAUUCAAACCAGAGAGGUGGCUCCGUGACGGCCGAGAGAGGCCAAACCCUUUUGGCUCCAUCCCGUUUGGCUUUGGUGUGAGAGGCUGUGUCGGCCGCCGGAUUGCUGAGCUCGAGAUGUACUUGGUUCUGUUUAGGAUAAUCAGGACGUUUCAAAUCCAUCCAGACCCCACAAUGGGAGAGUUAAAAUGCCUCAGCCGCACCGUCCUGAUCCCAGACCAACCACUGAACCUGCACUUUGUGGACAGAGGAGGCGGAAAUGAAGCCUGAUUUUAUUGAUUUCGAUCUGUUGGAAUGCAAAUACUGCAUGAGAAUGUAAAUCUUGUUAUACACACAAAAAAAUAUACUAUGCAUUGGAUACAGAGAGACAGUCAAUCAGCAAAAAAACAAGUGAUCCAAAACAUAUUUUUAAUCAUAUAUUUUUUUAUACAGUAUGUGAGGCCUUAUACAAAGAAACUAGCUCUAAAAUAUAUGUUUUAUAUUUGAGUGAGGCUGAAGAACCGUUGUGCACUUCUGUUAUGCAGUACAAAAGAUUUUAUAACAGGUGGGGAUCGUUCACACAGACAAACCCUGACAGAUGCAUGAAUGACGCCAUGUUUUUAAUGAAACAAGGAAAAAGAAAACAGAGUAACAUGAUGGAUCUCAUCGAAGUUUCAUAAAAUGUUUGUGGUUCAACAAAGUGGGUUAGUACCCACCUUAUCAUACCUGUAAAAGAAAAGUAAAUAAUGUUUUAUUGUCUUACUUUACUGUUUCCUCCUUUACUUUAAUCACUCAAUACAUAUAAAGUCAAAGUCUGAACUGCAUGCAAGAAGCAUUUUGUGUUGUCAUUGUGUACAUUGAAACUAUAUAUGAAAUUACUCCAGUCUCGUUACCAUUCAUUAUAGGUUAAAUCAAAACAUGUCGAACAAUAUUACAUAUCUUAAUAAAUCACAAUAAAGCCUUG